UUUAAUGCUUUGAGAUUAAUAAUAAAUAUGUUCGGAGGAUCGAAGUCCAACAUUCCUAAUUGGAACAACAACAAGACCACUGAGAGCCAGGAUGUUUACUGAGAAGGAGGCCCAGAAGAUACUAUAUCUUCCAUUAGGUUCUCCAAUAUUCCUAAUCUGGAGACAGAGCCCCAGUUCAUAUCUUGCUCAUCAUGGGACGGUACUGUGAAAGUCUGGGAAAUCAAUGGGUCCUAUAAUGGGCUUGCUACAAAAGCAGUAGGAGGGACAUCUAUGGAUGCAUCUAUAUUAGGUCACUGCUGGUCACCAGACAACGCUAUGCUCUUUGGAGCAUGUGCAGAUAAUCAAGUCAAGGCAUGGGAUAUUAGUUCAAACUCGGUUCAACAGGUUGGAGUUCACAAUUCCUGCGUAAAAGAUGUAUUCUUCUGAGACAAGAAUAAUGUACUAAUCACAACUGGAUGGGACGGGCACCUCAAGUUCUGGGAUAUGAAAUCAAGCACUCCUAUUUUUGAUAUUUCACUUGAGCCAUUGAAGAUUUGGUCAUUCUCUUACUGAUACCCAUUAUUAGUUGGAGGUUUGAGUGAUAACUCCAUUUUCGUGUUUAACAUGGAUAGCAUUACUCAGAAACAAUCAAACCAGCCAGAUAUCGUAGUUCCAAGUCCUCUAAAAUUCCAGACAAGAUCUGUUGAAGCUUUUCCAAAUGCUCAAGGUUAUGCAGUAACUUCUAUAGAAGGAAGAUGAGGAAUCAAAAAUAUUGACUUCAAUAAUCUGAAGGAUAAGUAUAAUGAAGAUUUCAACUUCAAGUGUCAUAGAAAGCAAAACCAUAAUAAUGAUGUAUACCCCGUACACCAGACUUCUUUCAACCUUAAGUACAUGACCUUCGUUACUUGUGGAGGGGAUGGAAAUUACUUCAUUUGGGACAAGGAUAAGAGAAAAAGACUAAAGUCAACAGGAGGAUGUGAUGCUCCUAUUACAGCAUGUAGAAUGAGUCUCAGUGGAUCCAUGAUCGCCUACACCUUUGGAUAUGACUGGGCUAAAGGAAGCAAUGCUUCUGGAGGUUGCCCAGUAGGUUUAUUUAUUCACCCAACAUCAGAGAAGGAAAUAAAGAGUUCAUCAUAAUAAUUUCAGAACAAAUAGUAGAAUCAAUUAAAGUCCAA